AUGGCCACAAAUAUUCUUGAAGUCAGGUAUCCUCAGAGCAGAAAACAAAGCUCUUCAUCUAUUACUUUAGAUCGUCAUAGGACUGUUGCCACUCAACUGUCACGGUACUGCGUGUACCUAGUGACCUGCUGUCCCGAGCUGCUCCCUGACGAUGAUGCAUGGAGCAAGAGCCUGUAUGAGGAUGUCAAGAAGGACGCAGAGCGCGCCCUUGCUCGCCCAUGCUGUGCCCUUACCCACCGUUACGUGUGCAUGUCAUCGGCAUCAACGCCAGGGUAUCAGGAGCUAGUCGACCCGCUGAGUGCCAAUGCCAACUCCAAGCAUCAAGUGCUCAAUGACGGCGUGAAGCUUGGGCAGCAGCUGGUGGAGACGAUCUACAACGAGGAGGCAGCGUGGAAGUUGUUGGCCGACUUCUGGUCCGAGAUGAUACUGUAUGUAGCGCCGUCGGACAACUUGAAAGGGCACAAGGAGUCAAUCGCCCGUGGCGGCGAGCUCAUCAUGCUCCUCUGGGCAUUGCUUGGCCAUGCCGGGAUCAUCAGCAGGAGCACCGAUGGUGAUGGUGGUGACGCCAGGGCUGCUGCUGGUACUUCUUAG